AAUUUGCUAAAAUAAUUUUAACAUAAUCUUGCUUUUUUAUGGCUGUUUUAACAAAGCAUUCAACUCAUAUUGGGUAAUGUUGUACGCUGCCAGAAGUAAUAUAGAUGGAUGGUUUUACUUUAUGAAGAUAUUUGAUCGAUUGAAUUUAUUUACAUGGUUUUUAUUCAUGUUCGGUUGAAACCCACGUGAGGGUAUGAUAGUAAGAACAGAAUGCAGAUGUACUCAAAAACCGUCCAUUUUAUCCGUUAAGUAUUUACUAUUUUUGCUAAUUUUAAUUAUUUCUUAUUAUUCCGAGCAAAAUGCCCAAAACAAAAAAAACGGAUUUGUCAGCGACGAGGGGCCAGCGUGGGGGCCGGAGACGACAGAGGCCCGAGAGGGCAGGGCGUGCAAGCAGCAGCACAGCAGCAGAGCAUGUAGCGCAACCUCCAGUGGAGAAUCAGAUGGUGGCUUCCCAUUCCCCUCAGCCCUCCACAGCACCCAUGAUGGUGGCGCCAUCCAUCACGGUGGCAGGACCAACAGAUGCUAUUGGCUCAUCCCAGCAAGAAUCGACAGAAAUGGCACAAGCUGUACACUGGUUCAUCAAAACGGCUACACUGGAUAACGUCGCGGUGAAAAAAUCCAUAUGGCGUAUUUCGACCGCACCUCAACACAAAUGGAAGAGUCGACACAUAUUCUACGCUCAUGACGUCAUAUUGGACAGUUGA